GCCAGACGAGGGUUCACCUCCGCCUGCUUCCCAGCGGAGGGGAGUCGUUAGCUCGCCGCAGUCCGCCUCCACACUCAGGGCAAAGCGGGACAGAAGACACGCAGCAGCGCCGAAGCCGUGCUGUGACUACUGGAAAUACUACAGAAACCUACUUUGUCUUUGGGUACAACCUGUAACUCGCUCGGAUACUUGCGGGAUCUGUGAGGCUCUCCUGUAACCAUGGGGGACGUGGUUUCCUCUCACCUGGAUGAGAGCAGACGGGAGAUGAUAACAGCUCGAACCAGAGAUGUGAUGAAGGAGUUCGGUGAUGCGUUUGAGCAGCAGUACUCAGUCGCUCUCUUUAACAGAGUUCGCUUUGAGAUAGAAGGAGGAGGAGGAACGCAGUCACAGCUGCUUCACAGGAAGGACCCUCUGGCAGGCCGGUCCAUCUUUUCAGGGAGUUUGUUUCAGUAUCUGGAGGAGAAUCGGAAGUGGAGGAGUCGCUUUGUGUCUGUUCCAAACAGCUACACCAUCAGACUCUAUGAGAGCAAAACAGCACACGAACGAGGCCUCCACCCAAAAGUAACCAUCAACUGUGCUGGGUACAGGGCCCUCACCUCCAUGGAGGAAUACAUUGAGCUAAUAAAUACCAGCCUGCCAGGUAUCAAGGCCAAAGCGAGCAGCGCUCCGUUUAUCAAGUGUGCGUCCCAGUUCCCUCUCAUCCUGUGGCACCCGUACGCCCGCCACCAAUACUUCUGUGUGCUGACAGAGAAGGAGCAGAAAAAGUGGCACGCAGUGCUGCAGGACUGUGUCAGACACUGUAACAAUGGUUUGUCAGAGGAUUGCACAGUUCAGACGCCAGCCUUCACAGACGCUGUGAGACUCCACAGACAAGCCAAGGGACACUACGGGACCUGGGAUAUGAUGUGCGGGACACCCCCACAGAUUCUGGCUAAUCUGGUGAUGGAGACCCUUCAGCCAGAGCUGCGAAGCGUGAUUGGUCCUCGUCUGAAGGGGAAGCUGCAGCAGAGGCAGAGGGAUUGGAUGUUGAUCUCUGAUGCUGUGUACAGGCAGGUGUUGUCCCAGACCACCGGUCAGUAUGAUGCCGUGGUCGAAGGCUGUGAGGCCCAGAGAGGUCAGCUGGACGCCAGACUGCGAACCGACAUGGACCAGAUCAUCACGUCUAAGGAACACGUCAGCAGCAAGAUACGAGCUCUAGUGUUGCCCAAGGCGGAGCAAUUCCUGCAGGCCAGCGUCCAGCCCUACAUCAGCUCCAUCCUGGAGGCCCUGAUGGAGCCCACCAGCCGAGGCUUCUCCGAGGUCCGGGACGUUUUCUUCAAGGAGAUGGUGGACAUCAGCAAGAACUCGCUCAACGGAGCAGGCAAAGACAAACUGGGAGACCACAUGGAGAGGCUGUCCAUGCUCGCCUUCCACCCGGUGAAGAUGCAAAGCUGUUAUGAGAAGGUGGAGCAGCUCAAUCUGGAGGGGCUGCAGCAGAGGUUUGACGUGGCCAGCCCCUCGGUGUUUGUCAACAGGGCUCAGAUCCUCAUGAGGGAGCAAAUGGACAAUGCAGUGUACACAUUCGAGCAGCUGCUGCAGCAGUCUUUGGAGACCCAGGGAGAAGACGACAUGUGCAAGACCAUGCAGCGAUGCCAGGACAGGGUCCUCAAGAAAUAUGAUUAUGACAGUAGCACAGUGCGUAAGAAGUUCUUCAGAGAGAGUCUCCUGCAGAUCAUCAUCCCCUACAUGCUGCAGCAGCUCUCGCCAUCCUGCUCACCUGAGCUGCCCCGUUUCGAAGAGCUCAUCUUCGAGGACUUCUCCCGUUUCCUGCUGGUGGAAAACAUGUUCGAGGAGGUGGUGCUGCAGUCUGUCUCCAGGGACAUAAUGAUGGCUGUGAAGGAGGCAGCUCUCCAAAGGAGACACAAUCUGUACAGGGACAGCAUGAUCCUGACCAACAGCGACCCCAACCUGCACCUGCUUGGAGAAAACCCUCAGGUGGAUUGGGCUACUAAAUUUGGCGGCGACGAGCCGGAGGGCUCUGUCAGUGGGGGCAGAGUUGAAGGAGGGGGUUCUGGGAGCAGACGCAGGCAGGUGGUGUCCAUGAUCCAGCUGGACGGGGUGCCUUUGCCAUUCGAGUCCUGCCUGGAGGUCCCAGGCGUGGAGCUUAUCCCUGAGGAGGAUGCCGAGAUGUUUGAGGAGGACCAAGGCCCGGCUGGGGAACCCAAGUCUCCUGACAGCGUGGAUGGAAUCAGAGACCUGAUCAAUCCAGUGGUGGAGAUGGUGAUUCCAGUGUCCCUGGAGAGCCAGAGGACGGAGCCCACCAGAGGCACCGUCACCAUGCAGGAUGGGCUGCAGGAGCACGUGACACACGUCACCACUGUGGUGGAGGACUUCCCCAGGAAAUCUCUGCGAGACAAGACGACACCGCAGACAAUUCUGCAGCAGCUAGGAGGAAGCAGGAAGCAGGAAGCCGAUAAGGAGCAUCAGGAAGAAGCAGCCAUCAAAAACGCCAUCGAGGAAAUAGAGAUAGCGGUGCAGGAAGACGAGGGGGAACGGAUCGCUGAGGUCUCCACAGCGGAUCUGGAUUACGAGUCGUCACCGCGACCACCCCUGGCUUCAGACUUUAGCUCGCAAAACGACAGUGUCUUCCAGUCACAGACCAACGAGGGGCUGGAUGAAGAUGAGCCGCAGCCAAUCACAAACGGUCUGAACGGAGAGGACAAAGUUAUCGACCCGGUGGAAGUGGAAGUGGUUUUAGCGUAGGAAGUAAAUCCUCUGGACAGGACUCUGAAAGUGGAGAAAGCCUUGAAGAGAAAGCAGCAGAGCGCAUCACAUGUAACGGGAGA